UUGGAUGAAGAUCAGGAACAGUUAAUGUUGGGAAUUUGACGGCGAUCCUUAAACCUCUCUCUUCUCCUCAGACAACCUUUGGAAGCCCAGAAAGAGAAGAAGAAAAAAGAAGAAAAGAAGUUUGAGGUGUGGCAAAAGGGUUCGUUUCUUUUUAUUCUUGAUCCGAACCCUUGUUGUUACUUUUCUCCAAAUUUCUUUCAAAAAUCAAAAGUUUGAAUCUUUUUCUAUUUUGAUGAAAGUGGGUGGUUCAGAUUUUUGAAUGGAAGAAAUGGAGAUGGAUAGCAUUGAAUGUGUAUCAUCAUCAAUGGAUGGUGUUGAUGAUGAAGAGAUCCAUGCAUCUCAUCAGUACCCAAAGCCCAAUAAUAAUGUUGGAAUUGUCCCUACUAGUGUACAUGAAUUGCUUGAGUGCCCCGUUUGUACCAAUUCUAUGUACCCACCGAUUCAUCAGUGUCACAAUGGGCACACGCUUUGUUCUACCUGCAAAACAAGGGUGCACAAUAGAUGUCCGACGUGCAGACAAGAGCUCGGUGAUAUAAGGUGUUUAGCGCUAGAGAAGGUUGCAGAGUCACUUGAACUGCCUUGCAAAUAUUUUUCUUUGGGGUGUCCAGCAAUAUUCCCAUAUUACAGCAAACUCAAGCAUGAGACAUUGUGCAAUUUUAGACCAUACAGUUGCCCAUACGCUGGAUCAGAGUGCUCAGUGACAGGGGACAUCCCUUAUUUGGUUACGCAUUUAAGAGAUGACCACAAAGUGGAUAUGCACACGGGAUGCACGUUCAACCAUCGUUAUGUGAAGUCUAAUCCCCGUGAAGUAGAAAAUGCGACAUGGAUGUUGACGGUCUUCCACUGUUUUGGGCAGUAUUUCUGUCUCCAUUUUGAGGCCUUCCAGCUUGGCAUGGCCCCUGUUUAUAUGGCAUUUUUACGAUUCAUGGGUGAUGAAACUGAUGCACGCAAUUACAGCUACAGUCUAGAGGUAGGAGGAAAUGGUAGAAAGCUUAUAUGGGAAGGUACCCCAAGAAGUAUCAGAGAUAGCCAUCGUAAGGUCAGGGACAGUCAUGAUGGUCUUAUAAUCCAGCGUAACAUGGCACUUUUCUUUUCUGGUGGUGACCGGAAAGAGCUGAAACUUCGUGUCACUGGAAGGAUAUGGAAGGAGCAGCAAAAUCCAGAUGGUGGUGUGUGCAUACCAAAUUUAUGUAGCUAGUUCGUUUUCUUUCUUUUUUGGGUGAUUUAAUUUUUACAACUUCCCCUUUAAUUUUUACAACUUCCCCUUUUUUGUUGUUGGAUGUUAUGUGCAUGUAGGUGUGUAAGACAGCACUAUUUUUGUAUCUAAGAAUUCGUGCUCUGACCAUGUACUAGGAUGCUACAUAUACCUUUUUAGUCGUUCUAUCAAUUGUUUAUAACCAUUUUA